CAACGACCAGCGAGCAUCAGCGAGACGCACGCGCACCGAAAAUGAGAUCUUCACUGAACUUCAUCACUAUUCUCUGCCUGUGCAGUAUGAGAGUGUCAGCUCUAGACAAAUUCCCAGAUAAAUUUGUGGCAGGCCAGAUAGGUAGCAGUGUUACACUGAGCUGUGACAAAGCCACUGAAAGCCCCGUGACAUGGAAAUUGGACGGUAUGGACCUUGACCUUGCGGACGGUCUGUAUGAUGUCAGCGGCAGCAAGGUAAAGAUUCUGAAGCUGGACAAUGAUCUGACUGGGAACUUCACCUGCUUGAGCGAAGGAAAGGAAGUGGACUACACCUUUGUCCUGCUGGACAUGUCUGAUACCAUAACCGGUUCCCCUGUGUCCUGCACCGCUGAGACCUUCAACUGCACCUCCACAAUCUCCUGCUCCAUGAGUGAGAAGGGCUACCAAGAUUUCAGGCUUCGGGACGAAAGCAACAACUUGCUGACUCGGUCCACAGAUGGCAAAUUCUACCUGACACACACCACCAACCCGUUUGCGGAGGAGGCCAAGCCCACAGUGGUGAUCGGAGAAGCCAUGUCUCUUCUAAAGAAUUAUUUUAAAAUCCGCUACAGCUUCUACAUCCGAGAUAUCAUAAGGCCGGGAUAUCCUCGCGUCUCCGUGUUGAAGACCAGGAUUGGGGACGUGCUGGACGUGAACCCUCCUGCCACCUGGACACUGCCCCUGAGCUACUACCCUCUGCAACAUGAAAUUGAGUUCCAGCAGAGGACCGAUGGAAAGAUGUCCAGCCGAUUCCUGCCCCUUAAAGACUCCGAGUCGUCUGGAGGAAGCGUUGUCGUGCCGACCGGCACCAGUAGACUGCGAGCUCGCUGCAGAGACUCACUGCUGCUGUCCCAGUGGAGCGAAUGGACAGCGUGGCAAAAUGUGGGUAAGAGAAGACCAAAAAAGGGCAGGAAACAAAAGAAAAAGGACAAGAAGAGAAAGACCACAAGAACAGAUUAAAUCUAUUUUACUGUAGAAGAUCUGCACUGGGUCCAUAACUCCGGAAUUCAUUCUUUGUUUUCCUUUUUAUGUGACUGUAAGCACUUUACAGUGUGUGUGUGUUAGAGUGUAUGUGUGUGUGCAUAUAUAUAUAUAUAUAUAUGUAAAUAAUUGUGUGUGUGUGUUUAAAAUAAAGCCUGUCGCUCAUUGCCUUUGCUCUGACUGAGCAGCAGGGGGCACUGCACCUUUCACCUUUCACCUAAUAAUCUCUUUGAUGUUAAUUAUAUUUCUCAUCUUUACCAAUAAUUCCAUAAACAGCAGAAUCUCCAAAUUUACACCAUCAGUGACAGGAUGACAUUCAGAAGGAGAAAUGUGUUGAUGUACAGAAGGAGUCUCCAGGGUUUUUUUUUUUCGUAUUAACUUGGAGAGA